AUGACAGACAACAAACUCAAGGCAGCGAUAUUGGUCGUAUCGGAUACUGCCUCUAAAGAUCCUUCCACGGACAGAGUUGCUGACACUCUCACGUCUUUCUUCUCAACGGAGGGGUCAAAUACUUGGGAUCGACCGGCCACUAAGAUCGUACCUGAUAAUGUACUCGACAUCCAACGAGCCAUUUGUGACUGGACAGAUGGCCCAAAUUGGGUGAAUCUCAUCCUUUUGAGUGGCGGUACGGGCUUUGCGGUUAAGGAUAACACCCCUGAGGCUGUCUCGCCUCUGAUUCAUCGCCAUGCACCUGGCCUAGUUCACGGCAUGAUUGCCGCUUCUUUGCAAGUCACGCCUUUUGCAAUGAUGUCUCGGCCUGUCGCGGGCGUUAGGGACAAAACAUUGGUUAUUACUUUGCCUGGCUCGCCAAAAGGGGCCAAAGAGAACCUCGACGCGGUCUUCAAGCUUUUGCCGCAUGCAUGCACUCAAGCGGCUGGUGCUAACUCUCGAGCCAUCCAUGCCGGCGGUGUCAAGAAACUAGAAACUGAAGCAGGGUUGUCCUCGGGAAGCAGAGUAGAACCUAAUCGCGACCAUCACCAUCACCACCAUCAUCAUUCUCAUUCUCACGGUCAUGGACAUGGCCAUGUUGCCCCCAAGGCACAUACGUCUCAAUCAGAGAGACCGCAAUCAAAUGACCCCAGUGCAGGCCCGAAUCGACGAUAUCGCGAAUCCCCGUACCCAAUGCUAUCAGUGGAUGAAGCACUCGGUGUGAUUAGCCAACAAACUCCUGAUCCAGUGGUUGUUGAAGUUCCUGUAACCACUGCCUUAGUCGGGUCGGUCAUUGCCGAGGAUGUCUAUGCUGCAGAAGCUGUUCCAGCGUACCGAGCUAGCACAGUAGAUGGGUACGCCGUGAUUGCACCUGAAGCGGCAGAUGUUGGACCAAGCACCAAGGGGGUAUUCCCCGUGGCGUCUAUUUCUUACGCCAACCCAGGAGGGUCACUGUCCCCCCUGGAGCCCGGAACUAUCGCCAGAAUAACCACAGGGGCUCCUCUUCCACCAAAUUCCAACGCUGUAGUAAUGGUUGAGGAUACAGUGCUCGCUUCUUCAACCCCUGAUGGCAAAGAGGAAGCAACGGUAGAGAUAUUGACUGGUGAUAUUAAACCCAACGAGAAUGUUCGUGAGCCCGGUAGUGAUGUUGCGCUGGGAUCAAAAAUCCUCCAGAAAGGAGACCUUAUUACGCCAGUCGGAGGCGAAAUCGGUCUUCUAGCAGCAUCUGGAACAAAAACAGUUAAAGUCUUUAAGAAGCCAUGUGUGGGUGUUCUAAGUACUGGAGAUGAGCUCGUUGAGCAUGACGAUCCGAGAAAGCUCCAUGGAGGGCAAAUUCGAGACUCUAACCGUCCAUCUCUUCUCUCGUGCCUUGCCUCUUGGGGCUUCCCCACCGUCGAUCUAGGAAUUGCCCGUGAUACACCAGCAGGUGAGCUGGAACGGAGCCUUCGGGAUGCCCUUCGCGGAGUGGGGAGGGCAAGUUCUAGUGUAGACGUGAUUAUCACCACUGGCGGCGUAUCAAUGGGUGAGCUCGACCUGCUAAAACCCACUAUCGAACGUACACUAGGCGGGACUAUCCAUUUUGGCCGCGUGUCUAUGAAACCAGGCAAGCCGACCACAUUCGCCACGGUCCCGUUUAAACCAACAUUGUCAACUCAACAAACCCAGCAAGAGCGUGAGACUAAGCUUAUUUUCUCAUUACCUGGAAACCCUGCGUCGGCCCUCGUGACACUUAAUCUAUUCGUACUCCCAUCCCUUUACAAGCUAAUGGGCAUGGGCGAAAAGCAAACUGCGCCCGGCGUAUCUUCAACACUUGGAUUACCACUUGUUUCAGUCAGCUUGACACAUGCCUUCCCGUUGGAUCCCAAGCGUACCGAGUACCAUCGGGCCAUUGUGACGGCAUCACUUUCUGACGGCCGAUUGUACGCCUCUAGCACAGGUUUAGGGGGAGUUGGGCAGCGGAGCUCUAGGGUUGGAAGUCUAGCGAGCGCAAACGCGCUCUUAGUGCUUCGACCAGGAAGUGGACAGAUUGAAAAGGGUAUCUUGGUAGAGGCAUUGAUGCUGGGUCCGGUCGUAACAGCGCAAUAA